CCCUCGGUCCCCCAUGUCUCUAUUUCGAAUCGAAUAAGUAGUGGCACAUUCCUCUGGUUGAAUUGCGCCAACUCAUAUCUCCUCCCCAGUCUCUCCGUCGAUCGAAAAUGACCGCCGUCGAGAACGGCAAUGCGGAGCCGCAAUCAGCGUUGAUCUUCCUCGGCACCGGUUGUUCCAGCGCCGUUCCCAAUGCACUCUGCCUGAUCCGGCCCUCCGAUCCUCCUUGUUCUGUGUGUUCUCAGUCUCUUACCGUACCGCCUGAACAAAACCCUAAUUACAGGUGUAAUACAUCUCUUCUCAUUGAUUAUUUUAAGGACAAUGGUGAGCACAAGUACAUAUUAAUUGAUGUCGGGAAGACAUUUAGAGAGCAAGUUCUUCGGUGGUUCACCCGUUAUAAAAUUCCUCAAGUUGAUUCUAUUAUUUUGACUCAUGAGCAUGCUGAUGCAACUCUUGGUCUGGAUGACAUCCGGGCAGUGCAACCAUUUAGCCCGACAAAUGACAUUAAUCCUACACCAGUAUAUCUCACUCAAUAUUCAAUGGAUAGCAUUGAUCAGAAAUUCCCUUACUUAGUCCAGAAGAAACUUAAGGAAGGCCAAGAAAUCAGACGUGUAGCACAACUUGAUUGGCAGAUUAUUGAAAAUGAUUGUGAAAAGCCAUUUGUUGCAUCAGGGCUAGAAUUUGUUCCCUUGCCUGUAAUGCAUGGUGAAGAUUAUGUGUGCUUGGGGUUUCUUUUUGGUAAAAACUUCAGAGUUGCAUAUAUAUCUGAUGUUUCACGCUUUCUUCCAACUACUGUAUCAUACAUUUCAAAAGAUUGUGGUCAACAAUUAGAUCUGCUUAUUUUGGACACGUUAUACAAGAACGGUUCCCACAAUGUUCACCUUUGCCUUACUCAGACUCUUGAGGCAUUGAAGAUGCUAUGCCCAAAGAGAGCUCUACUAAUUGGAAUGACACAUGAAUUUGACCACCACAAAGACAAUGAGUUCCUAGUGGAAUGGUCUAGAAGGGAAGGUAUAGAAGUUCAACUUGCACAUGAUGGAUUGAGGGUCCCUGUUGACCUAUAAAUAGGUAGACUAUAAACACUGCCCAUUGGAACUACUGAUGAUCACACCUGAGAUUCUGACCUGUAACAAUAAUGCAAGGAGAGGAUAGUUGUAUCAGUUGUCUGUAUUAAAUAUUAAUCCAGAUGCAAUUAGCUGGCACAUGAUGUAACAUUGAUAUCGAUGUUCACCAUAUAUUACUUGUGUAUGUUCUUGUAUUCUUGUCAUUUUCUUGAUUACAACGUGUGUCAAGUCGAAUGCUAGUCAUUUUUUAAGCUUUCACAAAAUGAAGAGUUAACUUUGAGGCGA